CUUUCUCUCUGCCAGCACUCAUUGAAACAUAAACAACACACAUUUUCUGUCUUUGGUACAUUGUCUCUCUUUUUUUACACCUUAUUUUUACUUGAAUUAAAAAUCAUUUUGAUUGAUGAUUCAAGACCCUACAAAUAAGCCCCGUCUCGAUGCAUUACCAUCUAGAAACAAGGAAAAUGCUCCUGGAAAACUAUUCAAAAAAUUCAAGUGUCCAUCUUUAAUAAUUUCUGAAAAAAGGAAGGAAUUGCCUUUAAGAAAACGACCUAGGAUUAACUAUAAUGAAUAUGGAUCUAGCGGUAAUCAGAAUGAUUCUGCCUACAUAACAGAAGAGAGAGCUGGCUUAGCAGCUAUUAAAGAAGCAAAUCACAUUAUCCUUUCACAAGGAAGGAAAGAUCCGGGCACAGUCAUAAAAAAGCAAUUUACUGUACCGAAACCGGUCAAAGGACAUGAGGACUUGUCCAAAAUUAGUUUCAAUCGUCCCCCGCCUACUUUAGGAAUGAAGAAAAGAGCAGAAUUUAUUCCUAGACCGCUUUAUGAUCCAGCUGAUGAAUUUGCAAUUGUUUUAUAUGAUCCUACAACUGAUGAUCAUGAAGAAAUUCCCGAUAUCAAAGAAUUUUUGGCUGAAAAACGAAAAAACGAGCUAGAAGCGAAGUCAAAAAAAGGAAAAAAACAAAUAAUUGAAAAUCAAUCGGAUACUGAAGAAGAAGAAGUUAAUGAAAGUAAUGAUUCCACCGAAUCUUAUAGCCAAGAUAAUCUCGAAAAAUCUAAUGAGUCAGACUCGACAACAACCGGUAAAGGGAAAUACAGAAGGCAGAACAAAAGCCUAAAAGACUUACUUGGCAUUCAGAAAGAAAAGCCACCACCACCACCUGUACCCGUUGUAAUCGAUCCGAAGUUAACCCGCAUUUUACGUCCACAUCAAAUCGAAGGUGUUAAAUUUUUAUACAAAUGUGUUACAGGACGUAUCGAUCGUGGCGCUAGUGGCUGUAUAAUGGCAGAUGAGAUGGGUCUCGGUAAAACUUUGCAAUGUAUUGCUUUGUUAUGGACUUUAUUGAAGCAGUCCCCCCAAGCUGGAAAACCGACUAUUGAAAAAGCAAUCAUAACUUGCCCAUCGUCUUUGGUAAAAAAUUGGGCCAAUGAAUUAGUAAAAUGGUUAGGAAAAGAUGCGAUCACACCUUUUAUUGUUGAUGGUAAAAGCUCUAAGCAAGAAUUAACAGUAGCUUUGCAACAGUGGGCUCAAGUACGUGGUCGCCAGGUUACUCGACCAGUUCUAAUAUCCAGUUACGAAACGCUUAGAGGUUAUGUUGAUUGCUUAAAAAACACAGAAAUUGGCGUAUUAUUGUGUGAUGAAGGACAUAGACUAAAGAAUAGUGACUCCUUGACGUUUACUGCAUUGGACAAGUUAAAUGUCCAAAGAAGAAUUAUCCUUUCCGGUACUCCUAUUCAGAACGAUCUUAGUGAAUACUUUUCUUUGUUGAAUUUUGCCAACCCAGGCCUUUUAGGUUCACGACCAGAGUUUCGAAGAAAUUAUGAAAUCCCCAUCUUACGUGGACGUGAUGCUGACGGCUCAGACAAGGAUAAAGUUACCGGAGAUGAAAAGUUAGCUGAAUUGGCAAAAAUUGUGAAUCGGUUUAUUAUCCGUCGUACGAACGACAUUCUUUCUAAAUACCUUCCAAUUAAGUACGAGCACGUAGUUUUCUGUGGUCUAUCUGACUUUCAAAUGAAGCUUUAUAACCACUUUAUUACGUCUCCAGAGAUCAACAAAAUUAUUAAAGGAACUGGCAGUCAACCAUUGAAGGCGAUUGGUAUAUUAAAGAAGUUGUGUAAUCAUCCUGAUUUGUUAAACAUUUCGGAAGAUUUAGAAGGCUGCGAGUCGUUGUAUCCUACCGGCUUUACUCCGCGUGAACUUCGUGGUCGUGAUCGUAGUAUCGAUUCUUCUCUUUCUGGAAAAAUGUUGGUUUUGGAAAGAAUGCUUUCUCAAAUCAAACGAGAAACAGACGACAAAAUAGUGUUGAUUAGCAAUUAUACGUCGACGUUAGAUUUAUUUGAGCAGCUCUGUCGGGUGCGAGGUUAUAAAGCGUUGCGUCUGGAUGGUACAAUGAAUGUCAACAAACGUCAGAAACUUGUCGAUCAUUUCAAUGACCCAGAAAAAGAUGCAUUUAUCUUCCUUUUGUCUUCCAAAGCAGGUGGUUGUGGUAUCAACCUUAUUGGGGCCAAUAGGUUAAUUUUAUUUGACCCAGAUUGGAAUCCAGCUGCUGAUCAGCAAGCCCUCGCAAGAGUUUGGCGUGAUGGGCAAAAGAAAGAUUGUUUCGUCUAUCGCUUUAUCGCAACAGGAACAAUUGAAGAAAAGAUUUUCCAACGUCAGUCUCAUAAACAAUCCCUGUCAUCUUGUGUUGUCGAUGAAGCUCAAGACGUUGAACGUCAUUUUUCUUUAGAUAAUCUUCGCCAUUUGUUUCAGCUUAAUGAAAACACAGUUUGUGAAACCCACGAAACAUUCAAGUGCAAACGCUGUCGAAACGGUAAACAAUUUAUUCGGGCUCCUGCAAUGCUAUAUGGUGACACAAGUACCUGGAACCACUUUACUAAUCAGACUCUCGAGAAAAUUGAGGAUCACUUAUUAAAGCGAGAAUCUGGUAAGGAACAAGUUACUACUGUAUUUCAGUACAAAUCUCACUAGCUUUGUCUGUUUCUAUUGGAUUUUCUUUCUCCAACUUCUCCUGUACAAGUUUUAAUCACUCAUGUUCUAUCUUUCUUUGAUUUUAAUGGUAUUAAUGGAAUAAAGGGUUUACCUAAGUUUUUUUAAUUAUUUGCAACACUUAAGUGAUUGCUUUAUUUAUAACUGAAUUUUAUACUAGAUGAUUUUUUUAAUCUAAUACACUUUUUAAUACAUGUCUUAUGUAAUUAAGUCAAGCUUACACUGAAAGUUCUGCUAUAAAAGAGAAAGGCUUUAAUCAAACUAAUCGACUGAAUAUCUUUUGAAUUUAUUAUUUUGUAUAUAUACUAUGCACAUUAUCUUCGUAAAAUAAAGUAAACAGGAAAAUUCGAACCUUUGAAAAUAUUGCACUCAAAUAGAUAUAUAAAGGCAUCUUUUUUACUUAACUU